AUGGCCACGGGCGUGAUUCGGCCUCUCUGUGACUUCCGGCUGCCGCUGCCAUCCCACCAGCCCUUCCUGUCCUCGGGCCCGGAGCCCCCAGGAACUUCGGAGGAGGAGGAGGAGGAGGAGGAGGAGGAGGAGGAGGAGGAGGGAGACAAGGACCUGGAGGCUGAGGGGCCACAGCUUUGCAGCUUGUCCCUCCCAAGCUCAGGGGUGGCCUCCCAGGGUCCUGGCAUCCCUGAGACCCCACUGCAGCUGCUGCGCUUCUCGGAGCUCAUCAGUGGCGACAUCCAGAGGUACUUUGGCCGCAAGGACCGGGCACAGGACCCAGACACCUGUGACAUCUAUGCCAACAGCCUCCCAGCCUGGCGCUCUGCACGGGAGCUCUACUACGCUGACCUGGAGCGCCUGGCCCAGGCUGGGCCUCCGGAGUACGAGGAGGCCGAAGAGCUGGGAGGCUGCUCACCCAAGAUGCCUGAGGGGCAGGCACCCAGGCUGGGGCUCAGUGGGGAGGGUGCCCUGCCGCUGGGACCCCUGGCUGAGCUCUUUGACUACGGGCUGCUGCAUUUCUCGGGGCCUCACGCAUCUGUCAGCCGCAGACUGAGACUAGAGCGCAAGUAUGGCCACAUUACCCCCAUGAUACAACGGAAGCUGCCGUCCUCCUUCUGGAAGGAGCCGGAGCCCAGCCCCCUGGGCUUGCUCCACCCCGGCACACCAGACUUCAGUGACCUGCUAGCCAGCUGGUCAGUCGAGGCUGAUACGGAGCUGCAUGGUGAGGGCGCCCAGGCUACGGAUGGGGGUCAGCUCCCUGAGGCCUAG